UCUGUUAACGAUGUAAGUUCGGAAAUUUUUUAACAACAACUUGAUUAAAGUAACCGCGCGACGUCUUUGAAGGUGUUUAUCGCUUUAGACGUGUGAACGUUGGUUUCGCUUUGAAGCUAAAUGUUAGCAAGGGUUUUGCUUUGACCAUGGCUACUGCUGCUGCUGUUGUCACCAAAGCCAGCCUGAGAGAGGACCUCACCUGUGCCAUCUGCUGUGAUCUCUUCAGAGAGCCUGUCAUGUUGGCCUGUAUGCACCACUUUUGUAAAGCCUGUAUCUCCAGGUACUGGAGAGGAAUUCAGGGGACCGUGACCUGCCCUCAGUGCCGCAGAGAGUUCAGCAAUAGACACUUCCAGACUAACUACCUUGUGACAGCUAUGGUGGAGAAGGUUAGGGUGACCACGUCAGACACCAAGAACCGAGAGAAACAAAUGAAGGAUGCUCUGCAGCAUUAUCACCAGAGAAAGGAAGAGUUCAUCAGUGUAAUUUGCAGAGACAAGAACAAGAUGGAUAUCAUUCAGAGAGUCGGUACAGAUUUGCAGGCCCGUGUACGAGGAGAAUUCAGAGCUCUGCAACAGCUCCUGCAAGAUGAGGAGACCAGCAUGCUGGAAAACCUUAGGAGAGAGCAGGAUGAGGCUCUGGAGAAGCUGCAGUGCCACCUGGAGACCAACGAGAAGGCAUUGGGGGAACUUGAAGACAAUAUUCGAGUGCUUGAGAAGGCCAGCACGGCCACUAAUGAUGCCUGUCUGACUCCGCUUCCACAGCCAGGAUCACGUAAGCAAAUUGAAGCUGCUCCCAAUUUUGACCUAAAUGCCUUCAGCAACAGAUACAUCGGCCCACUGCAGUACAUCACAUGGAGAAAGAUGUUCAAGUUUUUGAAGCCAGGUCCUUCACCAUUAACGUUUGAUGUUGACACAGCGCAUCCAAGUAUUUUUGUUUCCAAUGACAAAAGGAUGGCUCUUGAAAGUGACAACAUGCUUUCACGCAAGGGCCCCCAUCAUAAGCGCUUCCUCCAAUGCGUCAACAUUCUGGCCACGCAGGGCUUCCAGGCAGGUCGGCACUACUGGGAAGUCGCAGUGGGUUCCAAACCCAAAUGGGACCUGGGUGUGGCUUCUGAGACCGUGAACAGGCACAUUCGGAUUAAGCUGAGCCCUGAAACAGGCUACUGGACUCUGCGGCUGCGUAACGGCAAUGAGUACUCAGCUGGAACCCAGCCCUGGACAAGGCUGCAACUCUCCUCACCACCUCAGAGGAUUGGCGUUUUCUUAGACUGUGAGGAGCAGAGGGUAUCCUUCUACAACGCAGAUGACAUGAGUCUGCUCUACUCGUUCACCGAGGGGCCGAGGGGCAAAGUGUUCCCGUUCUUCAGCCCAUGCAUUUUGGAGCGCGGGCAGCGACCCCAGCCAAUGGAACUCAUCCACCACCCUGCUGUUGCUUUGUGUGUUUAACACAGGCCAGUCAAUGAAAGAUGUUAAUUUUACUCAUUGAUCACAGAUUAUCACUUGGCUGUUAAAGCAAAGUACAUAACACAGUGUUUUACUCUGAAACACUUCUUGAAAUCCUUGAUAUGUCAUAAGAAUUACUCUGGUCACUAUU